AUGAAACUUCCUUGGCGAACCGUUCUGGAAGAUUUUGAAAUAGCUCUUGGAUCAAAUAGCCCAAAAUCAUGGACCCAUUGCGCUUUGUCAGUACGUCAAAACCAUGGAUAUGAUGGCGUAUGGCAGCUUUUUGGGAUACUUCAGAAGAAUGGUCUCAUACAAGUUCUGGCCAACCAUGAAGCACAGCACCUUCGAGAUGAAAUUCUUACAGCAGCCCUUGAUCUUGACUCGCGGCUCACCGUCCUGAUCAAAGCCGCCCAUGAUCUGCUCAGUGCCACAGGGUUUCAGUGGCCUGAACUAUACAUGAGGGUUGUUCAUUACCUACUCUGCCACGGGAAUUAUGAGAGAAGUGUUCGAUGGCAUCUUCAGCUUACUCCGAAGUUUCCGCCAUCAACAGAAGUUUUUGGUGCCCUAAUAUCAAGCUUUGUAGUCGACCCAUCGCCAAACAUGCAAAGCAAUUUGACAGCCUUGUAUGUUUCUAGCACGAAUAAGCAAUUGUAUGAUCAUAUAAUUCCUGUUCUUUUUGCAGCAGGCCACUCAAAACUAGCCCGGUUAUGGAGGAAGAAGCUGUUGAUAUUUGGAGAUUAUCCAAAGACUAGCAAAUCUCGACCAUUUCUUCGAUUUCUCUCAGCAUAUUACCCGAACAUUUUGCAAUCAAGCGAGGAAUUGCAAGUUAGUCAACUCGCAAACAGGGCAAAGGACUUGAAUGACCUACAGCCUGCAAAGUCUGAAACGGAUCCAAAUAAAGGGCAAUACAGCGAUGCUAUUCUAGCACGAUGGUUUGCUAGCACAUGGGCCUCUGUUGAGCUUGCAAUCAAUCUGGCACAGCGACUUGGACUCCGAGUUAUCGGCCCAAGGUCCCUUCAGUCUCUUGCGCUACGAGAAUAUGACGCAAAGAUGGUAGCGACGCGUAUCGCGCACAUCGAAAAUCUUGGCAUUACUAUCUCCAGUCAAAUGUACUGCAAAGCGCUAGUUUUCUUUGCGAAGCAAGGGGAAGAUGCUCUUUUGAAGGAUCUUUUGGCCUGUGAUAUUCAUCCUGAUGAGUUUGAUGACACUGAAACACGCCAGAUGCUGAUGGCGGCGGCAGUACGGGAGCAGAAUUGGCAGGUGGAAAGGCUCUUGCAAGGCAUAGAGUGGGCCAUUGAAUCUGAUCCCUCGACUCGCAGGCUUCAUGCUCUGCUUGACUACGAGCUAGGAAGGCGCAAAUAUGACAAAGCGAGACAAGUUCUCGACCGUAUGGAGGCAUUGAAAGUCAACAUGAGCCAACAAAAUGCCGCGCAGCUUCUGGAAAGGACUUUUAUAGGUCUAGGGAAGCACCCAACCGGACGGAAACUGCAUGUCAAAAGGUUACGGGACAAUUUUGACGCUCUGGUGAAUAGAGCUAUUGAUGUUACUCGUCGCGUGGCUUUACAUGACGUUGCCGUACCUUUGAAGUUCUGGAGCUUGUUGCUGCAGAACCUUGGUCGCGUAGGUCGUUUGGCCGAGCUAGAACAAUUGUCUAUGGAAGUAAUCCAGCUUUAUACACCGACCCUGGGUGGUUUGAUACCGGUCCAUCCUGAGGAUCUGCCACCAGUGGAAACAAGAAAGGGCAAACAGAUCGGCACCAUAGAGCACCAGCUUGGCUCUCUAACGGGAGAUAUAUGCCCCGUCAAAGAUUUCCUUCCGCCAAAUGAUCACACUUUCAGGAGUGACGCGAGGAGUUAUGAAGCUUUGAGAGCAUAUCCAAAGGAGCGCCAGUCUGGAUUGAAUUGGCCAAUGCAGCCACGGAACGAGGAAAGCUCUAAUCUCGACCUAAAAUCUACUUCGCCAUGGGAUAUUUUGGAGGAAGAUACACAGACAGACUCCACGAUUACUGACAGACCCGAGCUAUCACCAACUACGACACACUUUAAAGACUAUAUUCCCGCAGACUUGCCCAUUCGCCAUCGACAACAUCCAAUACAACGAUUAUUCACCACGCACCUCCAGCGAUCCAUUGUGCGAUGGGGCUUUGACCAUGGACUGAAGUCCACGCCAAGUUCCAGGUCACUCAUGGGCUUAUCGCCGUGUGCAGCCUCAGCUUUCGACGUGGCUAGUGGCAUACGCCUGCUGGCGUUGCUACGAGACCAAGGGAUCCAUGUUGAUGUACAGGCCAUCAGAGCGACAAUCGUAACGAGGUUCGCUCUUGGACAGGUGCCUACGCGACGAAAGGACAGAUCACGAGAUAGACAUGAAUUGUCAAUCGAACACCUAAAGGUCCUAUUUGAUGAGGCGUGGGGGUCAGAAAUCCUUCCUAGUCCUUCUGAAAUUGCACGACAGCUUGAACAGCAGAAGCCACAACUUUGGAGCCGAUACACCAAGCUAUAUGGUCAAUCGUUUGAUGAGGAACAUAAGGAAAGUAAUUCGGCCACUCGCUAA